AUGCGGUCUACCACAGAGCAUGUUGAUGCUGACGAGAUUCGCUCGAUGUUCGCAGCCUCUCUAUCAGAUCUGUACCGAGACGAAGUCCAACAAUACGGCACACUGCUCGACUUGGUAUCUCAUAUCAAUCACAAGAAGAGCGUUGGCGAGUACCAACCAGGUCGCAUCGACGUGGAGCGUCAUGGUGCAAUUCGGCUGGGAACCGCUGAGGAACUGGCGCAGAUGCGACGCAUGUUCUCCAUCAUGGGCAUGUAUCCCGUGGGCUAUUACGAUCUCACCAUUGCUGGACUUCCCGUUCACGCAACUGCCUUCCGCCCUGUCACAUCUGAACACUUGGAGCGCAACCCUUUUCGUGUCUUCACAUCCCUUCUACAGCUCGAGCUCAUUUGUGACCAGACCUUGCGCAGUCAGGCUGCAGCUAUUCUGGCGAAGCGCAGCAUUUUCACCCCGGACUGUCUAGAACUCAUUGACGAACUGGAAGGCUUGGUGUCAAUCCCACGUGCCAAGGCAGCCAGGUUCAUCACCGAAGCAAUUGAGACAUUUCGUUGGCACAAGACAUCGACAGUCGAUUUGGAGACAUAUCGUGCACUACAAGACGCCCAUCCCCUUAUCGCCGACAUUGUGUGCUUCCGCGGGCCCCAUAUCAACCACCUCACCCCAAGGGUGCUCGAUAUCGAUGAGGCACAGUCUGAGAUGCUCCGACGGGGUUUGGAAGCAAAAGAAGUGAUCGAGGGACCGCCGAGACGAGAAUGCCCUAUCCUGCUGAGACAGACUAGCUUCCUUGCUCUAGAGGAACGGAUCGCCUUUGCCAACGGAGAGCAGGAUGGUAAGCACAAGGCGAGAUUCGGCGAAAUCGAGCAGCGAGGUGUGGCCCUUACACCUGCAGGACGCCAACUCUACGAUAGGCUUAUCCAGGAGUCAUUCUCAUACGAGGAAGCUGGGCGCACCAAAGAGGACCACCUCACGCAAUGCUUCAAAGCUUUUCCUGACGACUGGAUCCAGCUAAGACAGCAAGGUCUAGCGUACUUUUCCUACGCCCUAGCAGAUGAGAACGCCCUACUCGAGUCUAGGAAACAUGACGGGGUAACUAGUAUGGAUGACGCGGAAUUUGACGCCCUCAUUGACAGUGGCUUGAUCAAACUGCAACCAAUUACAUAUGAAGACUUCCUUCCCAUCAGCGCAGCCGGAAUCUUCCAUUCAAACUUGCGGUCAGGGGGGGUUGAGUCGGCAAAGUCGACAGGUAAUAGGCAGGGUUUUGAAGAUGCUCUCCAAGCCAAACUUGCAGAUAGCAAUGAGCUGUAUGAGCGCAUGGAGAAGGUUUCCAGAGAAGCCUGUAUAGCCAUGCUGUAG